ACAUCACUCACAGUAAGUAGUGUGUAUGUUGUUUUUUGUUAAUCAUGUCUAGUUACUGUUAAGAUGUAUACUGCAUUAGUAAUCUGGACUGGACCAUGAGAUGCUGGCCCACUGUACGAGUUAGCCAAAUAGUCAAGACACAUAAAAUAAAUAAUUUUGGUUAGCUUUUUACCUGAGAAGCAAACAUUUAUUAAGUUAGACUUUGCUGGAAUUGUUUUAAAUCCUCAAAAAAUGUUAAAAAUAUUUUAGCUUCUUUCUCAUUUACAUCGCUUAUGAGUAUCGGAUACCAAUUGUUCUUUUAUUGUGGCUAUGUUUUAUACCUUAAUAUUACCUCCCAAUUCUACAAUCCCAUCUUCUUAUUUGGAUUUACAUAAUGCUAUGUGACAUUUUUGUUCCUUAAAUACAAGGUUUUAAAUCUGAUGUUAUCGUUAUAUAGUUAACAUCCAACCUACAUACAGAUUGAGAGGCUCAGGCUUGGAUUAGAGCCUGUGAAUAUGUCUAAUGCUCUCUAGGUUCUUCUACGUUAAGCCUCUGAUUAUUCAACUAAGCAUGGAGGAAGCUUGCUUUGCCCAUUUUGCAUUGACCUCAGCUAUGGUCAGCCAUAAUAGGAAACUGUAGGCAUGAUAACCAUUUCAUCUCAUUGAAUAGGUUAUAAUGCUGGAGUCCCUCUGGUGCUGUCCCUUUCAGUGUUAAACCAUUUUCAAGUUAAAGUUUAAGGUUCCAUGACCACCCAGAGAACAGCUGCUAAUGGAGGUAUGACCAAGACAGAAACUACACAUCUCUUUCUAGCCAUGCUGAUUCUUAAAAUCACAGCAGCCCAUUACUGCUCAGGCUAAAGCUUCCACAUUAGACCAAGUAGCACAGAGGGGACUUUUGCUUAGCAUUAAAACAUUAAAAAUGGUUUAAAUCAGAAUGGAAGGAUGGUGGUACUACCAUGAAAUGAAACAGUUACAGUGACUACAGUGUUCCUUUAAGGCUUGCUAAAUAUCAUGAGAAUUACAAUUCUGCUAGGACUGAUGGUCACACAGUUACUUACAAUCCAAACUCAUAUCCAUUCUUUAUUUUUAUAUUUUAAUUAUUACAUUAUUAUACUCAUUAUAUCGUUUACUUGCAUUUACUUCUUUCAGCUCAGGAAGACAAUGAUGGCUCCAAAAUAUCUAGCUUUCCUUUUCACAUUUAUCAUCUUUAAUACUGUGGAUGGAGAAGACACUAAAUUAAGGUAUUUGAGUCAUUGGUAUGAUUUCAGUGAUUCAUAUAAAUUAAUCUGUGGCUAUGGUAUAAUAAAGUGAUCUAAGAAUAGUUGUAUUUGUUUACCAAGAAAUUGUAAGGGUGUAAAGAAAACAUGAAAGUAGGUGACAAUCCAUAAAAUGUGCCCUGAGUCAAACAUAUUGAACAACACAUUGACUGUACUUAACCAUUCAUGGAAGUGACAAUGUGCUAAGAGAUCAGAGUAUAGUAUAGCAAGUUGGGACUUUCAACAGAUAGGUACUAUAAGAACUCAGAAAUUAGCCCUUUAAACUCCCAUUGGAGUUUGUAAUUGCUACUCAGCCACAAUGUGUGAACAAAACAAAAAUAUUUUUUCCUGCACAAAUAUGUACAAACUUAUAAGAUCAUAAAAGAGAAAACUCAACUCAAUGUAUAAAAUAGAAUUUUGUCUGACUCUACUAUUAAAAAACUGACUUUAUAUUACAAAAAGUUUAUCAAGCAGAGUUAUAACAUAAGAAAACGUGGAUUUCAUUACAUUGAUUAAAUGAACAUCCUCAAUAUAUCUUACAGCGAAUCAAUGAGUAGUGAAGGACCACAGUCCAUGCAGAGACGAUACUCGGAAGCUAUUUUAGCCAGUGAUUAUAGCAGAUCUGUGGAUAACAUGCUGAAAAAGAACUUUGUGGACUGGUUACUGGGCCGAAGAGAGAAGAAAAGCGAGUAAGACAUAUAUAUAUACUGUAUAAUUAUUUUAAAUACGUUAACCUGUAAUGAUGAGUUCAUCUGUUAUAUUGGCUGUAUUCAACUAUGCAUACAUGUACAUACCAGUAAAUCACAUUAUCAAGACAUCCCAUUGGCAUAUUUGAAUGCUAUUUAAGAUAUUCAGAACAGAGAGUGUGUGGUUCAGUAAUAUCACAUAGAUUGUGAAAAACACAAAUAAAUAAUUUGGUCAUUAUAUUAUUUCAGCAAUAUUUCUGAAUCUGCCAAACGAGAGGCUGAUUUUCAGUACCCAGAACUGCACAUGAAGGACACAGACUUUAACUCAGAGUUAGAAGGUGGCAAGAACUUUCUUAACUGGUUGGCAAGGAACAGACAUGGAGAAAGGUAAAUCACAAAAAUAGUCAUAAUAAAUACAAACACAUACAAUCUAUCAAUCUAUUUAUCUAUCUAUCUAUCAUCUAUCUUACAAAACAAACAAUUAAACACACUGCAUCAGUGCAAAAGCAUUACUUAUACACAUUAAACCAUCAUACCAUGUACAACACUAGAAAGUAAAACCCUGCAAACCUAGUGAAACAGCUAUAACAUACUACAACUUGCAAUACACAAACUCCCAUGUGAAGUUUUACAUAUGCAUGGACUAUAUACACACAGCUAUAGCACAUCAUACAUAUACACAACAAUGUGAAACAAGAGUUUAGUGAAUAUAUCAAUGCAACAUAUCACACAUAAAAACAUAACAUAAUAUCAUAUUGGUUAUAUGCACACACAGCAAGAGUGUCUCAUUACCAAAGAUUAGGUAACAGCUAAGUUAUAUACAAAACAAAAUGUGUUUUUGAUGUUACCCAAAUCACAGAGAGCAGUGUAAAGCAAGAGUCCACAGGCCAUAUAUUAUAAUCCACUUACAACAGGAUCUACAGGGACAGCAGAGGUUAUAGCUGGGCUCCUUGCCACAACCAGAGAACUUUCGUUAAGUUAGAUAAAAAAUGGUCAUACAUAAUUUUAUCCAUGAAAGGUUUAUAGUCCUAUAAACUAUUCCUUUAAGGUGUGCACAUGUCUAAUACAGAGAUUGUGUAGUGUAGACCCAAGUAUUGUGGCAUAGACAAAUUGCAAUGCAAACAAAGGAUGCUCACAGUGAUGUUAUAAUUCAGUGCUUGAAAUGCUGUAGGAACAUCUAUAGAUAUCUGUGAGGUCACAGAAUGGGAGGUAGGCAAUGAGCAAGACACACUCAAACAUACACACUGAACAGCAUGCAGAACACAUAUGUACAUCAUGCAUUAUACCCAAUAUACAUUUUCAGUGAAACCAUGUUCUUCACAAAUAUUUACAAAAGCUAAAUUACCUCACAUAGCUCUACAUUGUAUACGUAAAAAAAAAAAAAUCUGCACCCUGAAAAAACUAUACAGAAUAAGCACAUUAUAUAUUUACCAAGUAUAUAUGAUAUUAGGGGAUAUGAGAACAUUAUAUAAAUAUAUUCGGGGCCAAUACAAACCAUUGUGUGGAAAUCUAUUCACAAACCGGACUUUACAUAGCACACAAGGUCAUGCGUUUAGACUGGAAGAAAGAAGAUUUUGUUUAAGGCAAAGGAAAGGUUUUUUUACUGUAAGAACAAUCAGAAUGUGGAACUCUCUGCCUGAAGAAGUGGUUUUAUCAGAGUACAUACAGAUGUUCAAACAGCUACUAGAUGCAUACUUGCAAAAACAGAAUAUUCAAGGAUAUAAUUUUUUAAUGUAGGGUAAUAACUGCUUGAUCCAAGGAUAAAUCUGACUGCCAUUCUGGGGUCAAGAAGGAAUGUUUUUCCUAGCUUGUUGCAAAAUUGGAAGUGCUUUAAACAGGGGUUUGUUUUGCCUUCUUUUGGAUCAACAGCAAAAAACAAAUGUGAGGAAGGCUGAACUUGAUGGACGCAAGUCUCUUUUCAGCCAUGUAACUAUGUAAUUACCAUGUAAAUAAAAAAUAGUCUCAGGUUCACCAAGCUCAUACUUUCACACAUCUGGGUUUCUUCUGUUGAUGCACAAAGCAUGAUAAACCCAUUUUCAAUUGAUUUAAACUUUUGCCACAGAAGGGGAUAAAUACUUUCUUGAUUCCAAAACGGCAAUCAGAUUUUCCCUCGGAAUAAGAAUACCCAGCAUAUUAACAAUUUUAUCCUUUAAUACUCUGUUUUUCAAAAACAAACGUUUUUUAAAAUCUUCACAGAAAGUGAUAAAACCACCUCCUUAAAUAGAGAAGUCUACAUUCUUAUUGUUCUUACCAUAAAAAACCUUGCCUCUGCAUUUGCCUAAAUUAGUGACUUCUAUUGAACAAGUUACCAGAGAGCUGUACUAUUGGAUCUGUUUAUAUAUACAUAAUAGUAUCAUAUAUCAAGAUGCCUUUUCCCAGAGUAAAUUAAUCAUCAUAUCUAUCAUUCUUCAUAACUAAAAUCACCAGUUCCCUAAUGUUGCAGCCUGUAUAUGCAUUUUUUCAGUGACGUAAUAUCCUUCUUUGAAAUAGAUGUCCAAAAUGGCACCACAUAUAAUAGGUGAAUUAUAACAGCAAGAUUAUAAUUUCUAAAUAAUAAAGUACAUAGGGGUAACCAGUUAAUGUACAGCAUGUACACAAAGUUAGGGUGCAAAGGGUAUACAAAACCACCUCCUCUAGUUGAAUACUAAUAGCCCCGCACUCCUAUUUACAAUAAAAAUUAAUUUUAUUUCAUAAUUAAUAAUAAGCCUUAAUACAAAAACAUAUAUACAUACUCAUCAAAACAAUACUUGAUACUCAACCCAUACUAUAAGAAGAUUAUAAUUUCAACAUAUGGAUUAAUAUGGUUAUUUAUGCCAUGUUGAAUUUUGAAACUAUUUACUUUUGCUCUGCUAUUUUAAGAAAGCGUUUCUGGGGAAAGUGCCUUCAUACAAAAGCGCAUUCCUGCAGAAUGGCAAUUGUUUUCAAGUGCAGAGUUUAAACGGUGCUCACAUGACACCAAGACUACAUCAUUGAGAUGAAGUAGUCUGGGUGCCUAUAGUAUUCCUUUAACUUGUUCAGUGUUCAGACACUAUUGCUAUGCCUAGUGUUUUCUUUCUAUUAGCAUACACCGACAUGUGACACAGUUUAACCCAGAUAGACACAAAAUAAAAAUGGCACACCAAAUAAUUAAAUUGUGUGCACACACACACACACACACACACAAAACUAAUUUUCAAAUAUACAUGCUUAUGCCAUUUAAUUGUUGUGUUUGUUAACAAGCAGCUCAUACAAUGAAGCAAAGACUACAUUAUGUGAAGAAGUAUUGGAACUACUCAUGUCAACAAAUAUGUGCAGACUGAGGUAAGUAAAGCAAACCAUUGCUGCAAGACCAUGUUAUGUCCAGAAGGCAGAAUCAGCACGUAACAUGUACCAGCUUGUUAAGGGCACAUAUCCUGGAACAAAAAUGUGAAGAUUUAUUUAAUUUUAAGUAUUUUUUUACUAUUCCUGCAGAUUCCUUCUAACAAGACCAGUAACUGUGAUUUUUUUGGGAGAGAAAGGAAUUAGAUGUCUAGCAUUGCUUAUAUAGGCAGUUCCACAUGGCUUUUAGCAAGUGUUUAAUUGUUAGGUGCUUCUAUGAGUUCCACAGCUUUCACUAGUAACAUAGAGUAGUGAUAUUUGUCUUGUGAGCAGUCAGAGAUUGUCUGUACAAAAGGUGUGUGUUGGUAGUAGAAAUGUGGUUUCCUAAAAGGGUUGGUAGAGGUCUGUUGUCUACAAACAACAUGUUCAGGAAUGGACAAUACAGCACUCACAUAUUUCACAAACCAUUCACACUCUACAAACAGAAGUACACUUUGAAGGCUAUUUACUAUUUGACUCAACAUUCAGACCAAAAUAGCUGAAUCGAGAAAAUAUUCUCCAAGUCAGUUAUGUUUUCAGUUUGGCUAUUUUGAGUUUAAUAUGAAAUUCAACUUCAUUCACUUUGAUUUCAUGGCAAUUCACCCAGAUCUAUUUAUGUGCAGAAAUACAUAUAUAUGCACAUAUUUAUUUACAUGCGAAACAGAUACAUUAAAAUAGAAAUAAUGACAGGCAAUGAAGCAGCAUUUUUUUUAUUUAGUUUUGACAAAAUAACCGAUUUUUAUAGUGAUCGUUUAAUUGGGGGCUUGGUAUCCUUUGCCUGUUGGUACCUGAGAAUUCAACCCUGUUUUGAGCAUCAUAUAGUUCUGUUUUAAUAAAAUAAAGUAAAUGUCUUAUCAUAUAGAUGGAAAAUGUAUGAUGUAAUUUAUUGUUUAUAACUUAUUUUUCCUAGAUUCUCAUAAUCAUUCAUUAUCUACUUAAUUCUUGAAGUAUGAUGUUUCGCAGCAGGACAAGUCAUGGAAAUUUUUGCUGCUCUAAUAGUUAUCAGUGUUCAUUAUGUACUCACUAUGUAAAAAUAAAAUAUUUCCAUUUCAAAGCCAUGUAUUUUUGUGUUUCUCUUGAAGCAAGACAACAUAGAAACAUAGAAUGUGACGGCAAAU